GCCAUGUCUUGGGACUUUAAUGUGCCGGUGUGUGUGGACGACCUGGUCAAGACAGGGGCGGUCAACCAGUACGUCGUCCAGGACGUGUUGUCCCCCAAACAAAUACCGUCUCACCUUAACAGUUUCAAGGUCGCACUGAGGAGUCAGGGACCCGUCUGUAUCCUGGAGCACUUUGACGCAGCUUACAGUGUCUUACAACAUUGUCGCACAUUGGACUUGGCUUUGAAAGAGGACACUCUGGAGCUGCUCGUUCAAGUGGUCAGAGGACUGUCCACCUCCCUCCCGUCUCUCCUGCUGUCCGGGUCACUGUCGGCAGCCGACCGCAAACUGCAGCUCAACGCGGUUAAGAUGAGCGUUUUCCUCCUCUGCAAACUCACAGAGAUCUUGGAGAGCGACUCCUACAGGCAGAGUAUUGUUACUGCACCCGCAAAGGGCAGUAAGAAAGCCAAAUCCUCCAGUGAGGGCUUGAUUCAGUGGGACAGCGAGCGAGAGACAGUUCUGCAGUGUCUGACCCAGCUGCUGCAGUUGGACAUUCGAUCUCUCUGGAGCCUGUCUCUGGUGGAGGAGGAGUUUGUCAGCUGCGUGACAUGCUGCUGUUAUAAACUCCUGGAGAAUCCCACCAUCGGCCAUGUGAAGAGUAAACCGACCAGAGACGCCAUCAUCCACGUACUGGGAGUCAUGGUGAAGAAAUACAACCACAUGCUGGGAGCGCGUGUGAAGGUGAUUCAGCUCCUGCAGCACUUUGAGCAGCUGGCGUCAGUGUGUGCCCAGGCCGUGGCCGCGUGGAGCAUGGAAUACGGAGUCAAAGCCAUCGUGGGAGAGAUUAUGAGAGAGAUUGGUCAGAAGAGCAGUGAGGAGUUAAGCAGGGAGGGGUCAGGGGUCAAAGCUUUCUCCUCUUUCCUCUCGGAACUCAGCUCGCUCGUCCCCGACGCCAUGAUCCCCAACAUCAGUGUGUUACUCACACACCUGGAGGGAGAGAGUCCCAGUAUGCGUGUGGCGGUGUGUGAGGUGCUGGGGGAGGUUCUGGUCCGAGUCCUGACGGGCGAUAAGCUGGACGAGUCGGCCCGCGCCGACAGGGACCGGUUCUUUGACACGCUACAGGAACACAUCCACGACACACACUCUCACGUCCGCGCCCGCGUCCUGCAGGUCUACGCACGCAUUGUCAACAGCAAGGCUUUGCCGUUGUGCAGAUACACUGAGGUGAUGGAGCUGACGGUUGGUCGUCUGGGUGAUAAAUCUGUCCACGUGUGUAAGAGCGCCAUCCAGCUGCUGGCUGCCUUCAUAGCACACAACCCUUACAGCUGCAAGCUGAGCAGUGCCGACCUGAAGAAACCGCUUGAGAAGGAGACGGCCAAACUCAAAGAGAUGAGAGAGAGGAGGAAGGAGAAAGCCCCAGUUGCAGUGAUCUCGGCGUGUGAUCUCUGGGACGCCAUGAUGCCUGAAGUUCUGCAGACAGUCAGAUCUCAUCUGGAGGCUGGCAGUGAGGGAGAGAAGGAUGAGGAAGAGGAGGAGGAGGAAGAGAGAGGGAGCGAGGAGGAGAGGGGCGACAGAGACACGGCCGUGCAGGUCGCCCAGUUUCUCAGAGACAACAAAUACAGGCAGGCGGUGCGUCUGUGUGUGCGAGCCCAUAAGCUGUUUCCAGAGUCGCCCUUCUUCUCCUCUCUGUCAGAUCUGAGUGAAAACACACUGAUGAACACUCUAGCUCUGCUGUUUAAAGGCCCAGAGUCGGACUCUUCUCCCCAAAUGGAGGAGGGGGUUCAACCCCCAACCCCGCAGAAGGAGGGAACAGGGGCGGAGGGAGCAGGAGGUGAAGCGGAGGAGAGUGAACUGAAAAAACAGGAGAUGCUCGUUCAGUACCUGAGAGACACGGAGAGUUUCGCCCUGCAGGUGGAGAGAGCCAUCGCCAUAAUCAACAACAUGCUCUACUGGAAAACCACCACGGUGGUGCAGGAGGCGGUGCAGUUCUGCGUGACGGUGUGUGAGUUCGGCGUGGCCGACUCCCUGAGUGGUGUGAGGAAGAUGUUGCCGUUGGUCUGGUCCACGGACACGGCGGUGAAAGACGCAGUGAUCCAGGCCUACAGGCGCCUUUACCUUAACCCACACGGCGACACCACCAGGGUGAAGGCUCAGACUCUGGUUAGCAGCCUGUCAGAGCUGAUGGUUGAUGCUUCUCUGGGGACCAUUCAGUGUUUGGAGGAGAUAGUUCAGGAGUUCUUUAGUGGUGACGGUGCUCUUCAGGCGUGUGUGGUGCAGGUUUUGUGGGAGAGAUUUUCAGGGAAGAGAGAGACGUCACCUCUACACAGGCGCGCCUCAGUCUUACUGCUGGGCAUGGCCGCACGGGCGGAGCGAGAGGUGGUGUUGAGUAAUCUGGACACGCUGUGUUCAGUGGCUCUGGGGGAGAGAGUGACGGAGGAUUACCUGCUGGCCCGGGACACGGUCAUCACCAUCUGCAACAUUACUGAUCACGUCAGGCAAUCUAAAGGACUUCCGUUCAGACUCCCCACCGAUCACCAGCUCUUCAGCUGUCUCUCCCAGGCCAUCGCUGACGGUGUGGUACUGUCCGACCCCCACUGGCAGACCUUCAUGGAACAGGCCGUCCGUCUCAUCUACUUCCUGGCCGAGUCACCUGACCAGCUGUGCGCCCGCCUCCUGCAGCGUUCUGCUCGUCUCCUGUUGGAGCAGAUCGCGGAGGGCGGAGAGCCAAACCAGUCACAGGAGGGUGGCUCACAGGACACCGAGGAACAAGUGAGCUGUGUGUCUCUGGCCCAGUUGCUGUCUCUGUGUGGGGCCGUGGCCUUCUGGCAGGUGUCUCACCUGGAGCGGAGUGUCAGUGCAGAACUGCGGAGGAGGAGAGGAGAGAGGGAGGAGAAAGAGGAGAAAGAAAAAGGUCCUGCCAGUAAAGCCAAGGGAGCCAAUGACAGCUGUGUGGAGGAGGAGCUUGGCUUGGUUGGCGCCUCAGCUGAGGACACAGAGGCAGAGUUGAUUCGGAAGAUCUGUGAGACAGAGCUGUUGGCAGAGGGGAACCUAUUGAGUGCCUUUCUGCCCGUGUUGGUCAGAGUGUGUAGUUCUCCAGGUCGUUACUCUCACCCUCAGCUCAGCACUGCUGCCUGCCUGGCCCUCUCCCAGUACAUGAUGAUCAGCCCUGCCGUUUGUAAGGACAACCUUCGUCUGCUCUUCACUGUGCUGGAGAAAUCUCCUCUGCCCGUCGUCAGGGCCAACGCCAUCGUUGCCCUGGGCGACCUCACCGUCCGCUUCCCCAACAUUCUAGAACCGUGGACCCCAAAUCUUUACGCCAGGCUGAGCGACGAGAAUCCAUCGGUCCGUCUGACGGCCAUUACCGUUCUGACCCAGCUGGUGCUCAAGGACGUCCUGAAGGUCAAAGGUCAAGUGAGCGAGGUCGCCGUCCUCCUGCUCGACCCUGAGCCGCACAUCGCAAGCCUCGCUCUCAACUUCUUCAACGAGCUCUCCGCCAAGGAUAAUGCCAUCUACAACCUGCUGCCAGACAUUAUCAGCCGAUUGUCUGACCCAGAGAGAGGGAUGAGAGAGGAGGACUUCAACACCAUCAUGAAGCAGCUCUUCUCUUACAUCACUAAGGAGAGACAGACUGAGAGCUUAGUGGAGAAACUGUGCCAGAGAUUCAGGACGGCUAAGACGGAGCGGCAGUGGGCGGACCUGGCUGUGUCCCUGUCGCUGCUGUCAGUGUGUGAGCGUGGUUUUAAACGCCUGCAGGAAUGCUGGGAUUGCUACAGCGACAAACUGACGGAGAGCGGAGUCUACCAGCCCCUCAUCGCCAUCACCGCCAAGCUACGCCGCGGAGCCAAGUCGCAGUUUAAGGCCCAGGUGGAGGAGUUUGAGAAACGUCUGACCGCGGUCCACACUAAAGGACUGGAGAAUGUGGAGAAUGAGGAGAGAGAGCAGCAGCUGGAGGAAGAAACGCAAAACACACACACCCCUCUGCCCAAGAGCGCCCGCAGACCCACACGAGGCCGAGGUAAAACCAGUAUGGACGACAGUGACCUGGUGACCCCACAAGCGUCUCGCCGCCGGCCGAAGAAGACCAUCACCUUCAGCAGUGAUGAGGAAGAGGAGGAUGCUGUCAUGGCAGAGAGCGAGACACCGAAAGUGACCACACCCAUCGCUCGCACCCGACGGACACGCCUGCGACACUGA